CUUCAACUGCCCAGCAACAUGCUGUUGCGGUGCCCGCUGCUCUCGCUGCGGCUGCCCUCAGCAGGGCGGGCUGGCCUGCGGGCCACGCCUUCGGUGCUGCAGUGGUGGUCUAGCAGCCAUGCACGAUCCUUUGUAGCGGCCAGGCCAGCGGCAGCGGCGGUGGAGGUGGCGGAGCAGGCGAGCACCAGUGGUCAGCAGCAGCCAGUGGAGGGCCCGGCUUACCGCGCCUACAUAGACUUCAAGUCUCUGAGAGACAAUGUGGAGGCAGUGGCGGCCAAUUGCCGCAACCGGCUAUCGAAAGCCGACCCCCACCUCGUGGCCCGGCUCUACGAGGAGUAUGUGGGGGCGCAGCAGGAGACGGACAAGCUGCGGGCGGCACGCAAUGAAAACAGCGGCGCGAUGAAGGGCAAGCUGGAUCCGGAGCAGCGUGCGGCGCUGAUUGAGCGGGGCAAGCAGAUCAAGGAGGGGCUGGAGGGGCUGGAGGCGCGGCUGGAGGCGCUGGAGGCGGAGCUGCAGCGAGAGGGCCAGCGCCUGCCCAACAUGACGCACCCAGGCGCGUGCGGCAGGCGGCAUGGCAGCCGAGUGGCCAGCGAUGAGCUGGCUGGGGCUCCUUUCUCGACUGGGCAGUCGCAAUGCCACGUCCCCAUCGGCGGCGAGGAGGCGUCGGCGGUGCUGGCCACGGUGGGCCAGCGCCCCGCCUUUGACUUCCCGGUGAAGGACCACCUGCAGCUGGGGGAGGAGCUGGACCUGAUCGACUUUGAGACCGGCGGCGUGGUCAGCGGCGCCAAGUUUUACUACCUGCGCAACGAGGCGGCGCUGCUGGAGCUGGCGCUGGUGAACUGGACGAUGCAGCGGGUGGUGGCGGCGGGGUUCACGCCCAUCAUCACGCCCGACCUGGUGCGGGAGUCGGUGUUCGAAAAGUGCGGCUUCCAGCCGCGCGCCGACAACACGCAGAUCUACAGCGUGCAGGACAGCGCCAUGUGCCUGACGGGUACCGCCGAGAUCCCGCUGGGCGGGGUGGCCAUGGACCGGAUCCUGGCCGAGGCGCAGCUGCCGCUCAGGAUGGCCGCCUUUGGGCACUGCUUCCGCACAGAGGCGGGGGCCGCGGGGUCGGCCAGCAAGGGCCUGUACCGGGUGCACCAGUUCAGCAAGGUGGAGAUGUUUGUGGUGUGCACGCCCGAGCAGAGCGAUGCGGUGCACCAGCAGCUGCUGGAUCUGGAGGUCGGGCUGUUCUCAGACCUGGGCCUGCACUUCAAGGUGCUGGACAUGGCCAGCCAUGACCUGGGGGCGCCUGCGUACCGCAAGUAUGACAUCGAGGCCUGGAUGCCCGGUAUGGAGCGGUACGGCGAGAUCUCCUCGGCCUCCAACUGCACAGACUACCAGAGCCGGCGCCUCAACAUCCGGUACCGCCCAGCAGCCGACGAGGCAGCAGCAGAGGCGGCGGCGGCCGCGGGCGGCAACGGCAAGGGCGGCAAGAAGAAGGGCGGCGGCGCGCGCAAGGUGCCCACCCAGUUUGCGCACACGCUCAACGCCACCGCCUGCGCCGUGCCGCGCAUGAUUGUGGCCAUCCUGGAGAACUACCAGCAGGCGGACGGCACGGUGCUGAUCCCGGAGGUGCUGCGGCCGUUUAUGAUGGGGAUGGAAGUCAUCCGGCCCAAGAAGGUGGCUGCGUGA